UCAUCACCGACACAAACUUGGAUCUUCUGCUUCAUCCGGUCUCUGAUCCACCAGAACCACCGGGACCGAGAACCGGAGCGUCAAACCGCGAACAGCUGCGGGGCUGCGCACGUUCGGCGGCGGCUCCUGUGCACGAGCAAGGACACGCGAACCCACAUACGGACACACACGAACGUACGCACGGACACACACACGAAUACACGCACGGACACACGCACACGGACACGCAGCCUCCAAGAUCUCCGCAGAUCUUCCAGACAUCCACCGACUCCGGACGCAGACACACGCUGACCGGAAACUGCUGAGGAGCUGAAUGUUUCUUCCUACAGCUGAUGGUCUGAUCUCUGGCUGAUCUUCUCUGAUUCCUCUUUGGUCUAUCGGAGGUCCGGUUCUCGUUCAGGUUCUGGUUCUGUCCCGCCCCCUCCGUCCUGCCAUGUCCAAUGACAGCAGCCUCCUGGGCAUCUGGGAGACCUCCGAUUGGGCCAACACCUCCCAGUGCCCGCCCUCGGGGGGGGCCACCUUCCUCAUCGUGGCCUACAGCGCCGUCAUCGCCAUCGGGUUGCUAGGCAACGCGGGCCUGGUGUUCAUCAUCGCCCGGCAACAGGAGCUACGCAACGUCACCAACAUCCUGAUCGCCAACCUGUCCUGUUCUGACAUCCUGAUGUGUGUCGUCUGUCUGCCGGUGACCGUCAUCUACACCCUGAUGGACCGCUGGGUGCUGGGAGAGGCGCUGUGCAAGGUGACUCCGUUCGUCCAGUGCAUGUCGGUGACGGUGUCCAUCUUCUCCCUGGUCCUCAUCGCUCUGGAGCGCCACCAGCUGAUCCUCCAUCCCACCGGCUGGUCUCCGGCUGCCGGACACUCCUACCUGGCCGUGGGACUCACCUGGCUGGUGGCCUGCUUCAUCUCGCUGCCCUUCCUGUCCUUCAACAUCCUCACCAACGACCCCUUCCAGAACAUCAGCCUGCCUGCCAACCCCUUCAGGGACCAUCUGAUCUGCAUGGAGCUGUGGCCGUCAGACAAACAUCGUCUGGCCUACACCACCUCACUGCUCAUCUUCCAGUACUGCCUGCCUCUGCUGCUGGUUCUGCUGUGUUACCUCCGGAUCUUCCUCCGCCUGAGAAGACGAAGGGACAUGCUGGAGCGCAGUAGGAGGACUCGGGGAGCCCAGAGGAUUAACGCCAUGCUGCUGGCCAUCGUGGUCGCCUUCGCUCUGUGCUGGCUGCCGCUCAAUGUCUUCAACACUCUGUUCGACUGGCACCACCAGGCGCUGCCCGACUGCCAGCACGACACCGUCUUCUCCGCCUGCCAUCUGACGGCGAUGGCAUCCACCUGCAUCAACCCCGUCGUCUAUGGCUUCCUCAACAGCAACUUCCAGAGGGAGCUGAAGUCGACGUUGCAGCGCUGCCAGUGUGGAAACCGGCCGACGGAGAGCUACGAGAGCUUCCCUCUGUCCACGGUGGGCAGCGAGGGCAUGACCAAAGCCACGUCCAUCAACAGGAUGGGGUCGGUGUGUGUCCCGUCGCCCAGACCGGAGAUCGGCUCGGCAAUACCUGCCAAAACACUACCGAUUAACACCUAAUGAAGAGCACCACCGAACUCUCUUCUGGCGGGAGGCUGGAAGGUAAAAGACAGCAGGAAGCAGCGAUCAGAGACGGCUGUCUGGACCUCUGGGUGAGUCCAGAAAUGUCCGGCUCAUUGUUCGGGGUCAGGAGAGGCCGAAUGGUGGAGCUCCAAGUCCAGAACAUGAGAAGCAAAACUCUGGAAAUGGACUCAAACAAGAAAGGAAGAAAAAUAACCGACUCCCUUUAGUUACUGUCACCAAUCCUCUUGUUAAGACCUUCUGAUGAUGCUGUUUCCAGGUCCAACCUUCUACUGCAUUGGUUCAUCUUUUUAACAUGCUGCAUUGAUGGUUUUCAAUAGAUAUGAGUCCUUGAGCGCCCCUGAAGUUCAAAUGGUUGAGCUGGUGGCCCAUAAACAGGGACUAGAGGUUAUUUGUGUCUGAUCUAUGACCAUUUACUGCAGGUCUUUCCUCCACUCUUCCACCCACAUUUCCUGUCUCUCUCCACUGCACACUAUAAUGCAGGCAAAAAGACAAAAAAGUAUUAAAUUAUAAAAGAUAUGAGUCCAGAAGUGACAUUCAGUUGUUAUUCUACCGCAGUUUAUCCUUUCAUUUGCCCCACUAAUUUAUGACAUAAAUUUCUGAAUAAUUUAUGAGUUUUGACGAUAGCACAACUUUAAGGUUUAAAGACUCUUCUCAGUUUAACUCUACAGCCUCCAAUCAUCAAUGUUUUAAGACUCCCCAAACUAUGAGUUACUUAUGAACUAAGUUUUGAGUUUGAAGAUUAAGCUUAGAUGUAGGGACGUCAAAAACCAGAAUCAGGGUCAAUGAAGGCACUUUUUAUCAGGUGUAUAUUGACAUUAAGACCAAACCUUGUUUAUAAUCUUAAAGGUGUCACAAAUGGAGAACACAAUGAACAGUUUUUUGAAUCACUAAUCAGCUGCUUUAUCAGUCAUUAACAGAUUAAUCAAAUUGAAUGCCAUGUAACAGACACAUGAGAUUGUCUGUAACUCCGUCCAGGUCAAUCCUAGUUUGUCAUAAACACGAGCUCUGGUUGGAGGUCAUUAACCUCCACAUUAGUCUUUGUCAUGGCGCCUGUUCCUGCUAAACUCCCACAGUGCUCGCUGCUUUAACAUGAACUGUAGUCUGAGUGACGCCUCCUCUGGUCUCUGCAGGAUUAAACGGGAAGAGGUUCCACCUGGUGGAACAACCAGGAACUACAGCUGAUCUGACGGAGCGUUUGGACCUGGAAACAGCUGCUACAUCAGACGUAACAAGCAGAUUGGUUCAGAAACUAUUGUUUUAAACAUUGGGUUUGGGGUUUGUCCGUCACCAUCUCAGUCUUUGGAAACUGGACGUCAUGAAUGAUCGGUGGAUCUGACUGAGAACUCGAGGACACUCUGAUUUGAUCACGAUGUAGCCCCAACCUAAAGCGCUUUAUCGUUUGUUUUCCCAACAGUUUCAGACAUCAACAUCUCAUUAAAUCUCUGUUAUCACUGGAUCUCAUUCCCAUACAUAUGGACCAGUAGGGACCUCCACCUUUUAGUGGACUGAGUUAUCGCCUCAUUUAAUUAAUAUCUGUAAUCACUUCAUUUAAUGGUGAUCAAGCUGUGGUUUAGUAUUAAGAAGAUUAAAAGUCCACAUUUGGAGUCAGGUCUCAGGUCAUAGUUUUGGUUUUACUUUUUCAUUUUAAGUGCUUCGUUUUCACUCGCUGUUGAAUUGCGUUUUCAGUCAGUGUUGGUUAAGUUUCUGUACUAAAAUGACUGAGAUUAAGAUUCAGCACCAUAGUGACUUGGAAAGGUUGAGACAAAAUAACACUUUGUAAAUCUUUUGCACCGAAACAACUUAGUUUAAUUUAACCAACAAACACAAAAACUACUUGGUUCAGUUUAGACACCAAAACUAUUUGGUUGAACUUAACCACCAAGCACCAAAACUGCUUGAGAAAAUAUAGGCACCAAAACUACUUGGUUAGGUUUUGACGUUUUGACACCACAACUUUUGGUUAAGUUCAGACAACAAAACUACUUGGUUAAGUUUCAACACCAAAUCUUCUCGGUUAGGUUUUGACAUGAAAACUACUUGGUGAAGUUUAGACACCAAAAGAACCUGGUGAAUAUUCAGCACCAAGUCGUCUCAGUUAAGUUUGGGUACAACAGCUUGGCUAAGUUAAACUACCUCAAUUAAUUUAUUAAGUUUUGACACAUGUCUCAAAGCAUCUUGAGACAAUUUUAACUGUAAUUGGUGCUCUAUAAAUAAAAUUGAAUUGAAUUGGCACCAAGGGCUGCACAGUGGGCUAGUGGUUAGCACUUUCUCCUUGCAGCAAGACGAUCCCUGGUUCAAAUCCCGGCCUGGGCCUGGGAUCUUUCUGCAUGGAGUUUGCAUGUUCUCCCUGUACAUGCGUGGGUUUUCUCCGGGUACUCCGGCUUCCUCCCACAGUCCAAAAACAUGCUGAGGUUAAUUGGUUACUCUAAAUUGUGUGAAUGUGAGUGUGAUUGUGUGUCUGUAUAUGUAGCCCUGUGACAGACUGGUGACCUGUCCAGGGUGUCCCCUGCCUUCACCAGAGUCAGCUGGGAUAGGCUCCAGCACCCCCCAUGACCCUAGUGAGGAUAAUAUAUAUGAAUGAAUAUAUUUUAUUUAAGUGUCAUGCACCCAUAUAAGUGCCCAGCCCGUAUGUGCUUAUAUGACCCUGGUCAUCAAACAGAGAAGAUGGCAUACAGUUAAAUGAAUCACUAUAAACAUCAGGUUGUAUACAUGGUUUUCAGUCUCAAAGUCCAUGCCUUCUCUUUAUAGCUUGCAACGGAAAAUAUUUUGUUUUCAAAUAACCAUUUUAACAUUUCUCCCUCGGACAUCCAAAACAGAUCAGGAUUAACAUUCUGGAUUUUUGCAAAUAAAACAGUUCUCAAAUUCAUAUACAAAGGACAGUAAAACAUAAAAUGAAAUUCAUCUUCAACUAAAGACAUAUCACACCCAAUACAUAGUCUUUUAUCCUCAGGAAUCCCUUUAUAACGACCAGUCUCAAUCUGUAGAGGCAGCACUCCAGCUCUGAGCUGAGCACACAGAGACCUCUGUCCUCUUUUUAAAUAACAAUUUACAUAAGGCUCUACAGAAAAACAGUCCUUCAACUGAAUGUACGUUCGUAAUUUUGGUUUACGAAACAAAUCAAAGUGCCACUUUUCUUUAUAGAUCUCAAACAAUAUCUUUCUCUGGUCUCGUAAUUUACACUGCAAAUUAUUUUGAAACAAGGACUGCAAAUUCAUAGUUACAAAAAUUUCAAGGACACCCUUAGUCCAGGGAUAUUUAUGAAUUCUAUCCCAAAUGAAUACCCUCUUGGUGAGCCUGUCCUCAGGGAAGCAUGCAAGGCGGUUCCAGAGUCUUAAGACUUCAAUCCUCUGCUUCACAACACAAGGAUAAAGCGGUGUAUAGAGGAUGGAUGGACUGACACCAAAACUUCUUAAUUAAGUUCAGACAACCAAACAACUUUGUGAAGUUUAAACACCAUAACUAACUUGUUAAGUUUUGACACCAAAACUUCUUGAUUAAGUUUAGACAGGAGAACUACCUGGAACAAACUCAUGGUUUGGAUAAAGCUUCAUUUUAUGUUUCAUGUAGCUCUAAUCUGCACAACUACAAAACAUCGCUGCUGUUAUUGGGGUUAUUUUCUGUUUAACAGAUACUGGAAUUGCUGAUAAAACCCUGUGAAGCUACUAGAAGAUGGAGGAGGACUCUGCUGGACCAAAUAUAUGGGAAUAAUCCGUGAUGAUGAUGAUGGUCUUUUGAUGGAUGAUUAUCCUCUAAAUAGAACCAUAAUUUACUAAAAGAACUCCUUACUUUGUUAAAGGAGACUUCAAACCACAAACCAGGACCAUAAACUAAUGAGAUAAGCGAUUACUGAGGUAACAGAUGAAGUGAGAAGUAGGAUCAGUUUCUCAUCAGUAGAGUUAGACCUCAUUUUGCCAUCAGUCGCCCCAUGCUGGCGGCUAGACAGACGGCAGGUUUGAUGUGUUUUAUGUGUAAAAUGUAAAUGAUAUGUUUAUGAUAACGAAGCCUGAUGAUGAUGAUGAGCAUGAAUUACUGCAGUUUAAAGGUGUGGUGGAGAUACAGUGGAAGAAAACCAACUAUUAAACUAGUCUGUGUGGAAGAUGUUUCCUUCUAUUUUCAGUGAGUUUAAAUAACCGAUAGACAUAGUGGAUGCCACGCAGCCUUACUCUCUCCUGAAUGAGGUGAAACUCUGCAGGAAUGUUUUAAACUCUCAGCUGAGUUUGUAGCAGCGUCAGACCGUCAGCAGGCUGUUAACGGUCAUUUCAACCUGUUGUUUGUGCUGUACGUGAACAGAGUAAUGUCACACAGGAUCUUCAAACCAUUUAAAAGCACCAAACUCUUUUUUAAUAUCUAGCUGUGCCUGAUUAUUCUCGUGGUGGAACAGAUGAAUUCUGAUUUGGGUUUCUAAUGAUCGUCUAUUCUAUCUGGAACCAUCAGUUAAAGUGUCUCUUUGACCAUUCGUUUUCACCUUCGCCGACUUCUCUGUUCAGUCUGCUGUCAUAAAAGUGUGAUAAAUGUGGUUUGUGUGUCGUUUGGUUUGAUAAUGUGGUGCACAAAGUCUGGAAUAAAGAACAAAAGAACUUUAGAAGAUG